AUGUACAGUUCCGAUUUGUUUGUGGCGCUUGCCGCCCUGGUGCCGGCUGUGUUGGCGCAGUCUGUUAGCCCAUGCGAGAAGGUCAACGAGCAACAAACCGCAGCAAUAAGGAAGCUGGAUCUGGACUCCGUCAAUCCGUACAACAUCCCGUUCCUGGCCUUCUUUGAUGCUGAAACCGCGUAUCAGUGCAUUGCUUCUAUACCCAUCAACAACACUGAGGCAGCGGCGAUGGUGGAAGUCGACAAGAAGUUUCUCGCUUUAUACUCGACCAUCCCAUUUUUGAAGAACCCUCCCAAAUCAUACCAGCAGCCUUCAAUCGAUGUGAUAGCUCAGCUAAAUGAAAUUGCUGAGAAGGCAAACCGGGGUAAUUAUUCCAACUUUAACCAAUUCGAACUUGAUAUUAUCGCGAUCAACCGAGGCGUAUACGAUACCCAUUUUGGCAUCGGGAAUGGGCCUAAUGGUUUGAUUUCUUACAAUCUUCCAUAUGGGCUUGUCUCGGCUUCCGUCGAUGGAAAGGAACUUCCCCAAGUCUAUGUCCACAGCGACAUCAUUGACAAAGUCUCGAACCCCUCUUCUAUUGUCGAAAUCGAGGGCCAGAAUGUCUUCACCUACCUCCAGAAAUACGCGGCGACCAACGCAGUGACGAAUAUGCUUGAUCCCCACGCUGACUGGAACCAACUGAUGUACAAUGAGGCUACUCAGUUCGGCUCUUGGGGCGCAGAUAAUAAAAACAGCAUGACUAUCGGCGGUAUCCAGACCACGUCAAUCUACAAUGGUAAUUCACUCAAAGGAAAGUUUUCCAACGGAACCCAGUUUGAAUGGAAAUACAUGGCUUCUUCGCCAGCCCAGUUCAAAUCAAGCAAUAUCACCAGUGGCGAGGAUCUCUUCACCGUAUAUGGCCUCGCCGAGAAGCAGCAGCAGGAGCAGGAAGAGGAGCUUAAAAAGCGAGCCCUCGCCAACCAAACCACCACAACGCCUCAAUAUGUGCCCUACAGCAGCUACCCCAAAACCCCCAUCGUCACUCAGGCCAACUUCACACGUGGCGGUGUCGUGUCAAGAUAUCUCCUGUCGGACAACGCCACUGGCGUACUCAGUCUUCCAAGCUUCGCGUCGCGUGACGACUACACCGAGAGCGCCGAAGAGUAUUCCGUGGCUGCCACGGAGUUUAUCUCCCAAGCUCGGAAAGCUGGUACCAAAAAGAUUGUCAUCGACCUCUCUGGAAACGGCGGUGGUAAUGUAAUGCUGGGAUACGACGUCUUCAGGCAAUUCUUCCCCAAGAAGAGCCCCGACGCCUUGUCCCGCUCCCGUGCCAGCCCUCUGUUCGAUCUCUUCGGUCGUCUCGUCGAACAAUCAGGGAAGCUUGUCGAUGGGAGUUCUGAAACUGAGUUUCUCCAGCAGUUGCAUGCGUCCUUUGCCAACGCGGGAGACUUAAACACCAACAACACCCUCACCGCCGAUGGUAAGCACUGGACGUCAUGGAAAGACUUUGCUGGGCCUCUUGAGAUCAACGGUGACAAUUUCACCAAGGCCUGGAAAUAUGACAUGUCGCUGCCAACAAACUAUGCGCCCUUUGAAACCUACAACAUAUCGGGGUACGGUACCAACGAGGCGACAUUUGACGAGGCCUUCUCCCCUGGUGACAUCAUCAUCCUCUAUGACGGCUACUGUGGAAGUACUUGCUCUAUAUUCAGUAACUUGAUGAAGAACGUCGGUGGCGUCAAGAGCGUCGCUGUCGGUGGCAUUCCCCAAAGCGGACCCAUGCAAGGCGUGGCGGGGACUCGAGGAAGCCAAGUAAGGCAGCACGGCGACAUGGCCCAAGUUGCAGAACUGAUCCGGUCAGGGCUUUUGGACAGCAAGAACGGAUCCCGCGAAGCACUGAGAUCGAAGCUUGGUGUUACUGUAGCGCAGAUUGAGGAUAUCCCAUCCGCUAGCCAGGCACCAUGGAAGGUUUCAAUGGCCCUCAACAUUCUCGACCAGGUUUCCACGGGUAACCUCGAUGUUCCCUACCAGUUUGUCUAUGAAGCGGCCAACUGCCGGUUGUUCUACACCAUCGAUAUGAUCCGCGACGUCACUUUGCUCUGGGAAGCUGCCGCAAAGGUUGCUGGAGGGGAUACAUCAGCUUGCGUUGCUGGAUCAGUGGACGGUCCUGGAUCUGAGCGUAACAAGCCCCUCGUCGAAUCUCCGGGAUUCUCGUACGAGGAUAUUUGGAAGAACGCCAAUUCAACUAAGCUCUUGGCGGUGAACAAUACGAGCGGCAAUGAUGAUUCAGAGUCGUCGGCCUCUCGAAUGACGAUGGCAGCAAGCGUGUUUGUCGUUUCAUUCUUGACGGCUUGGUUGCUCUAG